AGGUUCACUGACCACCUAAUGUAUGUAGACUUCUUCCCGUCCAGAUUCAUUGCACCUGCUGUCUAUCCCGUUGAAAAUCCACUGCACUAGGGAGUAACGACAUCGCACACAACAAGAUUGGUAUUCGGGUCUCUGUGGGCUGAUAAAUUUGGCCACACCCUCUAGUCGGUUACCAUUUGAUCAAAGAAUUUUCCUUUUCUUUUUGCAGUGGAUUACAAUUUCAAAGCCAGAUUUAGCUGUACUGCGCCUAGUAUUUGGUGUAAAUUCUCCUGUGAGCCUGUGAGGUGAAACCCAUUAAACAUGAGAGCACUGGUGUAACAAGAAAUGGUGGGUAGAGACAGCAGUUCAGGGCAGAUGAAGGAGUUCGGUGUUAUGCACAAGGUUCCAACUGGGGACACGCCCUAUGUUAGGGCCAAGCAGGUUCAGCUUGUAGAGAAGAAUCCAGAGGCGGCUAUAUCGCUGUUUUGGGCGGCUAUAAAUGCAGGAGACCGUGUUGAGAGUGCGCUCAAGGACAUGGCCAUUGUGAUGAAGCAGCUGGGGCGAGCAGAUGAAGGCAUUGAGGCAAUCAAAUCUUUCAGACACCGCUGUUCUCUCCAAGCCCAGGAAUCACUUGACAAUGUUCUGCUUGACCUUUAUAAGAAAUGUGGAAGGGUGGAUGAACAAAUUGUGUUGCUCAAAGAGAAGUUGCGCCUCAUUCAACAUGGAAUUGCUUUUAAUGGUAACCCCACUAAGACGGCACGCUCCCAUGGGAAGAAGUUUCAGCUCUCUAUUAAGGAAGAGACCAGUCGGAUUUUGAGUAAUUUGGGUUGGGCAUAUAUGCAACAACACAAUUACGUUGCUGCUGAAGUUGCUUAUAGGAAAGCAUUAUAUUUUGUUGAAGAUGCCAACAAGGCAUGCAAUUUGGGUGUGUGCUUGAUGAGGCAAGGAAAGGCAAAGGAGGCAACUAUAGUAUUAGAAAAUAUUAUUUCAUUGCAUGGAGAAGACAUCAAAUCAUUGGAGCGAGCAAAGCAAUUAUUAAAGGAAAUUCAAAAUUUUCAAAAGCAUGAAGGAGGCUCCAAGAGAUCCUUAUCAACGUUAUUUAAUCAUAAUAAUAAUGAAAAGGAUUCUACUUCUGUUAGUGAUGGAGAGAAACAUUAUUCAAACAACAAGCAUGGAUUGCUCUCAUCUUCCACUGAUUUUGUAGAAUUUUUGAGCGGCGACAACGCAUUAAAUAUGAUCGAUUGGGAAGCUAAAAUCAACAUUGAGAUGAACCUAUCUCGUAAAAAACAUCGAAGAUUACCAGUAUUUGAAGAAAUAGUUCCUAUUAGUGAUUUCUCUCCUUCAACUACAAAAGAUACGUGAAAGUUAGCUUCCCAUGUAAUUAUGUAGAUGAAUCUUUAUUUUCUUUGUUGUUCUCACUCAAGCACAUUAAAUGAUUUACUAAAACUAAGACAUUUUUGAGGUUGUAAUUAGAACUUGUAAGAUGUAAUCAUUAGCCAAAAACAUGCAUUUAUGGAUAAAAUGUAAACAAGUUUAGUCAAUGAAAAAUAUAAUAAUUAGAUGUUGAUUA